AUUGGAAGGCCAAGGAAAGUGACCUGCCUUCUGCGCCAAACUGCCUUCAGCAUCAUUUUCUCAGUUGCUGUCUCUUCUGUCUUGGCAAAAACCAUCACUGUGGUUCUGGCCUUCCUGGCCACAAAGCCAGGGAACAAGGUGAGGAGAUGGCUGGGGAAGAGUCUGGCAAACACCAUUGUCAUUUUCUGUUCCAGUGUCCAAGUGGUCGUCUGCAGCAUCUGGCUGGGGAUCUCUCCUCCAUUCCAGGACUUUGACACAAGCUCCCAGGUUAAAGAGAUCAUCCUACAAUGCAAUGAAGGGUCUGUUGCCAUGUUUUAUGGUGCUCUUGGUUACAUGGGCUUCCUGGCUGCCAUCUGCUUCACGGUGGCUUUCUUAGCAAGGAAUCUGCCGGCAGCCUUCAAUGAAGCCAAGCUGAUCACCUUCAGCAUGCUGGUCUUCUGCAGUGUUUGGGUGUCCUUUGAGACCCUGAAAUGGGGAAGUGCAGAGAAUCUGUGA